GCUGGAAUAAGCUGGUAGCUCAGAGGUGUUUGCAGCCGUUCUCCAGCUGCUUCGCUACUACUCCUCUAUCUCCCUUAAGGGACUACAGUGGGCAGGAAGGGGUGAGUUUUUCCAGGAGUCUGCACAGAGAAGAGCUUCUUUCUCUUCUCGCUCUGGGGAAGGUUCCUCAGUGGAGAAGAGGCAGUAUCACCCGCUGCUGAAAGCAAGAAUCCUCACCCCUGAUGUCCAGCUGUCUCCAAGGCGCAGGCUGCAGACACCGGAGGAAAGGCAAGCAGCCCCAGCUGGCUUUGACAGGUGUUCAUCUCGGUGGGGCCACACUGACCAUGCUCAGGAGCUUCUGCCUUCAGCUCAUGUCCUUGCUUUGGAUCCUGUUGGCCCAUCACCAGCUUGCCCAAGGUGAUGAUUGCAGCGAGCGCUGCAACCUGGCCCACGGCAGCUGUGACCAGGAUGGGAAGUGCAGGUGUGACCCAGGUUGGGAAGGCGAGUACUGCGAGGAGUGUGUGCGUAUGCCGGGCUGCCUCCAUGGGACCUGCCACCAGCCCUGGCAAUGCAUCUGUCACAGCGGCUGGGCCGGCAAGUUCUGCGACAAGGACGUCCACAUCUGUGAACAUCAGUCCCCGUGCCAGAAUGGGGCUCAGUGUGUCUACGACCGAGAUGGGGACUACUCCUGCCUGUGUCCAGAGGGCUUCCACGGGAAGGACUGUGAGAUGAAGGCAGGGCCAUGUGAGAAGGCAGGAUCUCCAUGCAAGAAUGGGGGGCAGUGUCAAGAUGAAAAUGGCUUUGCCAGCAACUUCACCUGCCGGUGCCUUGCUGGCUUUGUGGGGGCUCUCUGUGAGCACGAUGUGGAUGACUGCCUGAUGCGGCCCUGCGCCAACGGUGCCACCUGCCAAGAUGGUAUCAACCGUUUCUCCUGCCAGUGCCAGGUGGGCUUCGAGGGGCGUUUCUGCACCAUCAACAUCAACGACUGUGCCAGCCAGCCCUGCAAAAACGGGGCCAAGUGCUACGACCGUAUCAAUGACUAUGACUGCUUGUGUCCCGACCGUUUCACUGGCAAAAGUUGUGAGAUCUCCAUCCCUGAGCCCACCUGGGCUCCCCCCUACCACCCUGCCAAUCACGAGAGCAGCUGGGCGAUGAGGAGCACCACCAGCGAGAUGCCUGCGGUGACACAGCCAGAGCCCGUGAGGACUGCGGUUACGGGGCGGCGUGUGGCCAACCACAGCGAGAAAGUGCCGGGAGGAGGGUUGUUAAAAAUCUCCGUGAAGGAGGUGGUGACCCAAAGGGACUCGGGGCUGAGCGAAGCCCAGCUGGUGACAGUGCUGGUGUUCGGGGUGCUGACGGCAGUGCUGGUCCUCAUCACCAUCCUGCUCAUCCUGAGGAACUGGCAGAGGGGCCGACAGCGGUCAAACUGGUGCCAAAGCCCUUCGCAGGCUGCCAGGAAGCUCCAAGAUCAGGAGUGCCAGGUGGGCAUGUUAAACUCGGUCCUCAUCGAGCCCAGAAAAACAACGGAGCUGUGAGCACUCUGAGCCAGGCCCCUGCAGGUCAUCGUGCUGGUAGACCCCUUGAACUGCACCCCAGGCAGCUGUUCUGGUGCAAACUGGGCAGUAGGGAAGGGCUUCUCAGGCAGUGAGCGCAUCAACAAAACCCCACAGUGCUGGGCUCGGUGCAGUGGGACCAAGCUGUCUCCACCUGGCCAGUGCCUGUGCGAGUGGAGUUAGGGCUGCAUGGGGCCAGCCCUGCAAGGGAGCAGCAUUGAUACCGCUCCAACAUGAGUGCUUGGAAAUGGGACUGGGAGUGCUGGAGUGCCGUCUCACAACUGUCUUCUGCUAGGUCCUCUGCAACUCAUCUCUGUGAUUACUUGGAAGUGGCUUUGCCCUGCUAUUUCUGUUGGUGUUGGGAUGUUUCUUCUGGGGCCUUUGGGAUGGUUGUGCCCGCUCAGCGCUCCCUGCCCUGGAACAGGGUCUCCCAGCUGUUUCUGGUGGUUGUAGUUUGAGAUACUGCGUUCCAAGGGCACAAGCAGAUGCUCUUGCUCUGUGGCCUUGUGGUCCUGUGAGACAGUUUGGAAAGACUAUGGAGAUCAUUUAGGGUCUCCUGUCCUUUUUUGCCCUGUGUGAUGCUCCUCCCUCCUGCCACCAGACUUGGCAUUACAAACAUGUUCUGUACCUUUCUCCUGAUGAUCCAUGGGGUCUCCUCUCCCCACUUAUGGAGCCAUCCUUUCUGGUAUGGACACAGACAGCAAAGCUCCUUCCCCACUCCAGUGUGCACUUCUGCUUUACUGUUCGCUGACGGGGAAGUGCAUGGCCUCUUCCUUGUGGGGCAUUCAGGGCCUGAGCUGGUUCUUCUCACAUGCCCUCACAGGUGAAACAGGAGCUGGAUAAGACUGGAGAUGUGCUGCAACUGGCUCAGGAGUAAUACAAGAUCCAGAUCCUCAUUUCCCCUGCUAGUCCCUCCAAGGCAACCUGCUGGCAUUAACCUCAAACCAGCCAUUGCAGUGUUUCUUGAUAGCAACCAAGCUAAACUCUACGCAGUGGAUAUGAAGAAAGGAUACAGAGCCAAUAAUGACUGUAGGAAGCAGAUACAGCACUGCAAUCUCCUUGCUAAAGCAAGGCUGAGAGGCACAUAGCCUUGGUAAUGGCUCUGUUCUGCCUUUUCUGGUCUGGUGUACAGCAAGCAGGGCCUCUCUGCCAGGGUCAGGAUUUUCUGUGCCUCCUCAUAGGAAUGAGAGGUUAAACAGUGGAAAUUUUAAGCACUAAACAACAAAACAACCCCUACUACUGGCCUGUAGGGUCACAGAACAGGGUUCGAGGUCAUGUAGAAAGAGUGAGGACAGAGGAUUGAGUGCUCAGCCAGGAGAGAGACCUGGGAGAGGGGACUGGGGCUCCAUGAAAAAGAUUAUUUUUUUAAUACAUGAAUGGAUAAUGUACCUUUAUCAAAUAAAACAAUUACAAGCCCAGAA